GGCGGAAUCACCACAACCUCUCUGUGCGUGUGGCUUUAGCCUGACAGAAGAUUUCACAUUCGUUCAUCCCUCGGUCUUGUGUGGACUUAAAUUAUGCGUUUUAAGAUCGACCCGGGGCAAAUAUGCAAUGGAGGUCAAUAGUAGUUGGUCUAGUAGUCUUGAGACUCUCCCUCAGCUGUGUUGUGUGGUUAGCUUUCGGACUCGGACCUAACGUUAGCUGGGGGUUCAACUUCCCACUGAGCUUCAGUUUGCACAAAUUAGACUUGUUAUUCGGGGACGAAAAGGGGACCGAUCCGAGGGGUAACUCGUGGUCCCAACGAGUACAGGGCCACAGACAUGAAGAGGCGGCGACCACCUGUGCAAAGGUUGAAGAGGAGUCCCCCAAGAAAUCCUACCUGAGCUUCUUCGAUGGCAACCAGGACGAGUAUGUCCGGAGAUACAGCUCCUUCCCGGACACACUGAAAGCAAAAAUGAAAGACAUGGCCAAAGAAAUGUUUUAUUUCGGGUAUGACAAUUACAUGAAAUAUGCCUUUCCCGAGGAUGAGCUGAAUCCCAUUGACUGUGAAGGGAGGGGACCAGACGUGCUAAACCCGUCAAACAUCAACAUAAACGACGUCUUGGGGAACUACUCCCUUACACUGAUUGACACGCUGGACACCCUACUGGUGCUUGGCAAUGUGACAGAGUUCCAGAGAGCCGUAAAGCUGGUUAUAGAUACUGUAUCUUUUGACAAGGACUCAACUGUGCAAGUCUUUGAGGCGAACAUCAGGAUUCUGGGAAGCCUUAUCUCAUCUCACAUCCUGCUGACGGACCCCAAACAUCCAUUUGGCAAGGUCGACUUUGAUGGUUACGAUAAUGAGCUGCUUCACUUGGCUCAUGACUUGGCUGUCCGCUUACUGCCGGCCUUUGAGAACACCAGCACAGGCAUUCCUUACCCCAGGGUGAACCUGAAGACCGGUGUUCCUCCUGAUAGCAUCAAUGAGACUUGUACUGCAGGAGCCGGGUCCCUGCUGGUGGAGUUUGGGAUUUUGAGCCGCUUGAUUGGAGAUUCCACAUUUGAAUGGGUGGCCAGACGAGCUGUCAGAGCGCUGUGGAACCUGAGGAGCAACGAAACCGGUCUGUUAGGGAAUGUAGUUAAUAUCCAAACAGGCCAGUGGGUUGGCAAGCAGAGUGGUCUGGGAGCUGGUAUGGACUCCUUCUACGAGUAUUUGCUCAAAUCCUACAUCCUUUUCGGUGAAAAAGAGGACCACAGGAUGUUCCAAGCUUCUUAUGAGAGCAUUCAGAACCACAUGAGGAGAGGGAGAGAGUCAUGUAAUGAAGGAGAGGGUGACCCACCUCUUUAUGUUAACGUGAACAUGUUCAGUGGUGAAAUAAUGAACACCUGGAUCGACUCCCUUCAGGCCUUCUUUCCAGGGCUGCAGGUGCUGAAUGGUGACGUAGAUAAUGCUAUCUGCCUGCAUGCCUUCUACUAUGCCAUCUGGAAGCGCUUUGGGGCUUUGCCGGAGAGAUACAACUGGCAGCUGCAGGCUCCUGAUGUGCUCUUCUACCCUCUAAGACCAGAGCUGGUGGAGUCAACCUAUCUGCUGUACCAGGCGACCAAAAAUCCUUUCUAUUUGCAUGUUGGAAUGGAUAUUCUUCAGAGCCUUGAGAAAAAUGCCAAAGUCAGAUGUGGGUACGCCACUCUCCACCAUGUCGUGGACAAAUCCAAAGAGGAUCGCAUGGAGAGCUUCUUCCUCAGUGAGACAUGCAAAUACCUUUACCUGCUGUUUGAUGAGGACAACCCACUUCACAAAUCCGAUAACAAGUACAUCUUCACUACAGAGGGCCACGUUGUGCCCAUAGACAAGCGCUUCAGGGAGAAACAGUGGAAUGACCCGUUUCCUUGUGAAGAGGCAGUGCUGGCACAGCGAGAGCCAAACCAUCGGCCCACACCACCGAGCAACACCAGCAAUUGCAACAGGAUCCCGGAGGAGCGACGGUACACUCUACCAUUAAAGAGUGUCUACAUGAGGCAGAUCGAUCACAUGGUGGGACUUUUCUGAAUAAGAGGAUGCAAGUGGUGACUUUUCUAUAAACACGCCUUCAGUACGCCCCUCAGGUGCAGAUGUGGUGAAUCCUCGUCCCAUCUGUUCCACUGCUCAGGAUCCAGACGGGAAACUGACACUAAAGGAAACCUGAGAAAGCAGCUCGAUCACUUGCUGUAUUACUUCAAAGUGUGUGUUGUGUGUGUGUGUGUGUGUGUGUGUGUGUGUGUGUGUGUGUGUGUGUGUGUGUGUGUGUGUGGGUAUUUUCGGUCUUUGGUGGGUGAGUAUGCGGUCAGCAAAUGUGAACAACUUUUGUGCUAGAAAAUGAAAACUCAUGCUUCAUUACUUUUUUGCCUGGUGACAAAUUAGAGAAAGUGGAUUUUAGAAUUACGUGUGUGUGUGUGUAUUUGAAAUUACAGUUGAGCUGUGAGUCAUAAUGUGUUUUGGGGAACAGUGCCAUCUAGCCACACGUAUGUACAAUGUUGAGCCUAUAAAAACCCUCACCUCCUAAAAUAUCUUUAAACAUGAUGAUUAGUGCCUCUUUGCAGUUGAUUCACUCGACUAAGUGCUUUGAAUAAGGGCUGCAAAUUAACAGAUGAUGACGGUGAGAGAGGCUCAGGAUGACUCGCUGUUUUAAAGUGCCUUGAGUUUGUCUUGGUCUUUCUGGAUGCUGUUCAACGCAUAUUUGUUUUAGAUAACAGUCCAUUCUUUUUUUUUUGAGGCCAUUUUUGAUAUUGCACAAAAGAUGUCAUUCCAUGUGUAUGUACAGUUUUACAAUAAUUAUUAUGACAUUAAGCUUUUUAUUUUUAUUUUUAUUUUUUAGACAUGACACAAGCCAUAAAAUGUUUUUUUUUUUUUUUUUUUUUUUUUUUUUUUAUGUUAACGAGCAAACGCGUGUUUUCCAUAAUUCUUCUGUCGGACAUAUUUAGUUCACAGACUCUCCUGCAUAGUUUAUUCCUGUUGGGUGUAGAUGGGAGUUGCCAUUUACAUCAUUAUGCCUAUUAAUUGUCAUGUGGUGAGAACUCAGGGUUUAAAGGAAAAACUAAAAUCAAUGAAUGCUUUCAUAGAAAAAUAAAACUCUUUGAAUUAUUGUUGCCUACAAUGUCUUAGAAUAGUCUUUUGGUUUUUAUAUUGCAAAUCUUCCAUUUUGGUUUUCUAAGGUCAACGAAUGAAUCCACUGAACUGAAGUACAGUUGUACUGUGAAUACUCAUUAUUGCUUCACACAGACAGAGUGUGUGUGUGAUGUCUCCUUAACUGUGAUGUUUGAUUCAUGUACAGCUCUACCGUGGUAUCUCUUCUGGACUGCUUCAUCUUUUACCAAACAUCCUAAGUGUCUGCUAAGCUCAGCAGAGCUUCAGGCUGCAUGGCUCAAUUACAUCAUUGCAUCAGAAUCUUAUUUGGCUUUGGGAGACAGCUGUUCAUAUUCUCAAGUGUUUCUUAACUGCUAUAGGAAUUAAAUCUUUUUAAAUUGACUGACAACACCCCAACCACUUUUUAUCUUCAAAGAAAUGGUGGGACAUUUACUUAAAUUUCUUGCUGAGAGUUAGAUGAAAAGAUUGAUACCACUUGAUACCAUUUUGGGGACCGUUUUAAAAAUGUAUGUGGCUCAGAAAUUGAAGAUAAAUAAGCAAGUAUAGUGUUAGUUAUGAUUAGCACAAUGCAUCAAAAUGGAUAGGAAUUGAUCAAAGUUGGUGAAAUGGUCCCCUGUAUGUUAAUUAUGAUGUAGCCUAUGCGGUUAGCUUAGCACAAAGAAUAGAAACUAGAAGACUAGAAACGAGGAAACAGUUAGCUUAAAAACAAACAAGAUAUAUUAUGUAUUAAUUAGAGAGCUUUAGAAAUGGUAGUAGGUAGAUUUUGGUACUUGGACAGAACCAGGCUACCUGUUUACCUCUGUUUCCAGUCUUUGUGCUAAGCUAAGCUAAGCUGCCGUUGUAACCAACUGCUUGUUGUAGCUUGACAUUUACAACAGGUAGUAUCGAUGUUCUCAUCUAAACUUCGGCAAGAAAGCACAUUAGUGAAGGUGAAGCCAAGGUAAAGGCUGUUUUAUUCUAAACAUGAGUGGUUUCAUAUUGCUAGACAAGGAAAUGGAAAUAUUCUGUAAAAUGAAUAAAAGGCCGAUUAUGAACAAGA